AUGAAACAAGAAGGUAGAAGAGGGAUAAAAAGAGAAAAGAUGAAGGAGAAAAGGGAGAGAACAACGCAUCCUCAGCCAUCUUCAUCUGCCAGGAGAGAUGUAAAAAGAACAGCACAACCAGCCGAUAAACCUGAUCUGAGUGCCCUCACAAGCGUGAUGGACUACGGUCUCGACUCGUAUGCCUUUGGCCCACGGGAAACACAAAUCAAACCGCACGGCCAGCAAGUGUGCAGCAGCCACCACCAGCCCGACGACACAUCUUCUGACCCUGGGGGAUCUGCAUCAGCAUCUGCCCCCACACAGCAGGCAGCCUUAGAGCCUGAGGCCGACACACCAGGAGGUGCUACUGGGUCGGGUCACACCUACGACAUGAGACAAGACCGCAAACCUCCUGUCUGCUACCCAAACAUCAGUGAUCCGAUGGUUGAAGUUAUGGGCCCGGAUGGAGGAAACCUGGUUUUCAGGGCCUGGACACCACAGAACAUUGAAGAGGAUGCUAAGUCUCUUCCUGAUCCCACCCUGUGUGGUGAGAAUUUUGUCGCUGCUUUCACUGACUUCUGCAAGGAACUGCGUCCAACAGGUGCUGAGAUUUGCAGGGUUCUCGCACGCAAACUAACAGCAACUGAUUUGGCAAAGAUUUAUGACAAGCUGCCUGGAGAUCAUGUGGACAAUUAGGAGUUCUUAAAUGCUGUCAGCAGCCUGGGGGAGGAAAUUAAGAAGGCUUUCCCCGCAAGAAUCAACAUGUCAAGCAUUUACACCUGCAAAGGCUGACGAGUUCACUGACGAGUCCACUGACGUGUCACACGCCACAGUGGACAGUCAAGGCCUUCUACACUGGGGUUAGAUGGCAACGUCACUGUUUGGGAAACCCUGGUUUGUGAUGCGGUCAUUAACGGACUUCUCCCACAAGUUGCCAAGCCAUUUAAAGCAGCCUACGUGGGGUGGGCUGAGCAACCAAAACUGUCUGAGGUCUGGAAACACACCAGACAUGCGGCCAGUCAGGUGGAUGAGCAAAGAAGAGCAAAGAAGGACAAGACUGAUAAAGAACUACAUCUGGCUGCAGUCUCCACGUACCAGUACAUUGGUCAAAGGGGAAGAGGCCGAGGGAAACCCUGGCCAGAACGCCAGGGAGGAUGUCUGUCAUCAGUGUGGGAAAAGAGGCCAUUGGCGGAGAGAUUGUCUACUUGGUAAGGGUCA